CAUCGCAAAUGCCCUCCAUCACCUCCUCCGCGCGUCUGCGAAUCUUCUCUUCUCCCAGCGGCAAGAUCUCCAUGCCAUAGCCAAUUGCCAAUCAUGUGGAGGCGCGCGUAUCUGUUCCUGCUUCUGGUCCGUCUGUAUUUCGCUCUAUCCCCGAGCUAUCUCCAUCCCGAUGAAAACUUUCAGGGCCCAGAGGUUAUUGCUGGCCAGAUCUUCAGCUACCCAGUCAAGUUAACAUGGGAAUUCACCAGCGAGAACCCAAUACGAAGCGUGUUUCCACUAUGGCCUGUUUAUGGUCUGCCGAUGCUUCUCCUGAAAUGGCUCUGGAUCGAGCAGGGAAAUGAUGGGGAUAUCUCGCCGAUUGCGGUUUUCUGGACUCUGCGAGUCCUGAUGUUCUCCUUGAGUUUUGUGCUCGAGGACUGGGCUCUGCACGAACUGAUCCCGUCAGCACGGCAUCGGAAACUAGCUGUCAUACUGGUCGCGUCUUCAUAUGUGUCUUGGACAUACCAGACACAUACCUUUUCGAAUUCCAUUGAGACCUUGGCUGUGGUUUGGAGUCUAGUUUUGAUUCAGCGGAUCGUGGGAAACAAGAAGCGGCGCUCUUCAGUGGUUGCUUCAGCUCUUCUCGCAUCGGUCGUGGUCUUUGGAAUCUUCAACCGCAUUACUUUCCCGGCCUUCCUUCUUAUACCCGGACUUCGUUUGAUCCCACAUGUCAUUAAGAAGCCCUUAUCACUCGUUUCCAUGGUGCUAUCUGGUGGCUUGACGGCUUUCGUUGCGAUUUACCUUGAUACCACAUUUUAUACCGAUGGCCCAGUCACUUGGUCAACCCUCUUCAACCAUCCGAUCAUCACCCCCCUUAAUAAUCUCACUUACAACCUUUCUACAAGCAAUCUUGCACAGCAUGGCCUACACCCUUAUUACCAGCAUAUCUUGUUUAAUCUCCCACAACUUUUGGGUCCUGCAGCUGUGCUACUAUUCGUCGAACCACACCUUUCUCUACGCCUAUACUCCGCCAUAUCGGGCAUUUUUGUCCUUUCUAUAUUCCAACACCAAGAGGCCCGAUUUCUCCUUCCCACGAUACCGUUACUUCUUUCGUCUGUCAACCUUCCGAAAAACAGGACACACUUACGCAUCUGGGCCGGUCUCUGGAUAGCAUUUAACGCCGUCUUCGGCAUCUUAAUGGGGAUAUACCACCAAGGAGGCGUAGUCCCAACCCAAGUCUUCCUAAGUAAUCAGCCCGAUGCAACAACAGCCGUAUGGUGGAAGACCUACAGCCCGCCCAUCUGGCUCCUGAACGGGAAGAACGAGGUGCUCACAUCUCACGAUAUGAUGGGCAUGCCGGGCCCAUCCAUGCUCUCGGAGCUAAGCGCCCUCGCAACAUGUCACCUGCCCCCCGCAAACCAAACACUAUAUUCCAAAGAGAAAGAAGGAACCUACCUAAUCGCGCCGCUCUCCGCGACCUUCUUGGAUAGCUACCUUGGCAAGGAUGGCUAUGGCGGAUUGCAGUUUCACGAGGCUUGGAGGUAUACUCAGCACUUGAAUCUAGAUGAUUUGGAUUUCGGCGAUGAUGGCGUUUGGAAUACCCUGAAGAGGGUUAUUGGGCGGAGGGGUUUGGCCGCUUGGAGAGUGACGAGGAGUUGUGGACAGGCGCAGUCACUGCCGAUUGCUGAUAGCUGAUAGGCAGUGAUAACUGAUAGUUAAUUAAUGAAUGUCCACUCAGU